GCCUGCUCACAUCCGGUCGUAUAUAUUUUGCCACGAGUUAGCGGCGAAUUUGGAGAGUGUCCAUUUUGAACAGCGAGUCGGCGUCUCUGUUAUUUUUCCCCCUUAAAUCUUUUAAAGACCCCACCGUCAGAAUGGCAGAUGCUGAGACUCUCCUCAUGGAGACAUCAGACCAGAACGGAGCAGAGGGAGAGGAGGACCAGAAUGGAGCUGAGCAGGAGCUGAUGGGUGGAGACGACGACUGCCUGGAGAGCCAGGAUAGCCAGGAAGGUCAGGACAAUGGCGGAGAUGGAGGCAAGAUUGAUGCCAGCAAAGGAGAGGAGGAUGCUGGUAAAAUGUUCGUGGGUGGCCUCAGCUGGGACACGAGUAAAAAGGACCUGAAGGAUUACUUCAGUAAGUUCGGCGAGGUGUCAGACUGCACCAUUAAGAUUGACAACAACACUGGCCGAUCCCGAGGCUUUGGCUUUGUUCUCUUCAAAGACGCCUGCUGUGUGGAUAAGGUGCUUGAGCAGAAAGAGCACAGAUUGGACGGACGUCCAAUCGACCCUAAGAAGGCGAUGGCCAUGAAGAAGGAGCCUGUCAAGAAAAUCUUUGUUGGGGGUUUGAACCCUGAGGCAACCGAGGAUGCCAUCAGGGAAUAUUUCGGAGCCUUUGGAGAGAUCGAAACCAUUGAACUUCCUAUCGACCCCAAAUCAAAGAAAAGGAGGGGUUUCAUCUUCAUCACAUACAAAGAGGAAGCCAGUGUCAAGAAGUGUCUGGAGAAGAAAUACCACAACAUCCAGGGCGGCAGGUGUGAGCUGAAGAUCGCCCAGCCAAAAGAGGUGUACCAGCAGCAGCAGCAGUAUGGACAAGGACGUGGCGGUGGAUAUGGAGGACGGGGAGGAAGGGGCCGUGGAGGUCAGAGCCAGGGCUGGAACCAGGGAUAUGGAAACUACUGGAACCAGGGAUACGGUAACCAAGGCUAUGGCUACAGUGGAUACAGCGGCUAUGGCAACUAUGACUACUCUUCUGGUUACUAUGGAUACGGUCCCGGAUAUGAUUACACAGACCAAGGCAAUGGCAGCUACGGGAAAACUCCAAGACGGGGGGCACACCAGACCGGCUACAAGCCAUACUGAUGAUCACAUGGUAGCGCAAGGACUCCAGUGAUCCAGCGAGACCGACAGCUGGGCGGACACACUGGGAAUGACGCAACCUCUUUUAUGACUGAAGACCAUUUGUACAGAAAACAUCCGAAAUGUAACUUUUUUUUUUUUUUUUUUUUUUUUUUUUUUUUAAAUCCUAUCAUUUUUAGGUUUUACUUUUCCCUUUGGUGUUCUUUUUUUUUCCUUCCACAUUUCCAUCAACGGAAGUGUAAUUUUUACUGUACUUUUUGGUACCUGUUUUGAUUCUAAUGUAUUGUAAGGCUUGUAUUUUACAUGUUUGCUGGCUUUACAGGUUGAAAAUCUUGGCGCUGUAAAGGAGCUUUUUUGACAAAUAAACAGUUUUCAGUAAUUUUUUUCCUGAUGCUUCCAGGUUAUGGGGUGAAAGAUUGUGAAGUUGAACAGAUUUAGGAUUCAGAUGCAGUUGUCAACAUUGAGUUCUCAUGGUCUUUGUGUCGCCACAAUCCAGUGAUCUGUAAUGAAGGAAUGUUGAGCGUAACUCAUGAGCUGUUUCACAUUACCUCAGUCACAUUUGGUAUUUUUUCCCCCCUUUGUGUGGAAUCAUUUUUUUACCAGGUUAUGAUUCCUUAAAACUGAAACAGCUGUCUGCAAACUUAAUAAAUUGACCAGGGAAUUUAACAACUGAAAGCAUACAAGUAUGUGGGAUGUAAUUGAGGGGGAAAAAGAUUUAACCACAUGCCACUGCAGACUUCUUGUUAAAUCAUACCUUUAACAUGACAAGCAAAUUGUUGAGUUUCUAUGCUGGUUUAGUUUGUGUUUGUCAAGUGUCAAUGGUUUUUAGAAAUAACCGCUCUGAAGCUAAAUGUCUGCCUAGUUUGUUUUCUGGACGGACUUCAGGCCCCUGGAGUCUCCUCGGCUAGUGUCUCUGGCAAUUUAUUAGUAAUAAACAUUCUCGUUUGUAA